AGCAGUCUUGGUGAGACCAUGAUGUCUCCCAAUCACACUGGCCUGGACUCUUCUGUCUUCUUCCUUCUGGGCAUCCCAGGUCUGGAACACUUACACCUGUGGCUCUCACUCCCUGUGUGCUGCCUGGGCACAGCCACAAUUGUGGGCAACCUAACCAUCCUGGUCAUUAUUAUCACUGAACCAGCCCUACACAAGCCCAUGUACCUUUUCCUCUGCAUGCUUGCAACCAUUGACUUGGCUGCCUUCUUCCCUACAGUUCCCAAGCUACUGGCCAUCCUCUGGUGUGGAGCAGGACAUAUCUCUACCUCUGCCUGCCUGACACAGAUGUUCUUCAUUCAUGCCUUCUGCAUGAUGGCAUCCACCGUGCUGCUGGCCAUGGCCUUUGAUCACUAUGUGGCCAUUUGCCACCCACUUCGCUAUGCCACUAUCCUCACGGACACCAUCAUUGCCCGCAUUGGGGUGGUAGCUAUGGUGCGGGGCUCCCUGCUCAUGUUCCCAUGUCCCUUCCUUAUUAGGCAUUUGAGCUUCUGCCAGAGCCAUGUGAUCCCGCACACAUACUGUGAGCACAUGGCUGUGGUGAAGCUGGCCUGUGGAGACACUAGGCUUAACCGUGUGUAUGGGCUGACAGCAGCUCUGUUGGUCAUCGGAGUUGACGUGUUCUGUAUUGGUCUCUCUUAUGCCCUCAUUGCACAAGCUGUCCUUCGUCUCUCAUCCCAUGGGGCUCGGACCAAAGCUCUUGGCACCUGUGGUUCCCAUGUCUGUGUCAUCCUCAUCUCUUACACACCAGCUCUCUUCUCCUUUUUUACCCACCGCAUUGGCCAUCAUGUUCCACCCCAUAUUCACAUACUUUUGGCCAAUGUCUAUCUACUCUUCCCACCUGCUCUUAACCCCGUGGUAUAUGGAGUUAAGACCAAGGAGAUUCAGGAAAGGGUUGUUAGGGUGUUUCAGAGGGGUCAGGAUAUGGGGUCAAGUCAUCUGAGUGAUACAGGAGUAUAG